CCCAGUCUCAAGAAGUUCUCUCGGUCAAGAGGCCAUAAGCAGAAAAAAAAGCGUUAGCGUAGCGUUGUGUUAUGGAGUACAAACGUCGCGAUCAAAGUAGAAGUCCUCAGUACAAUGGACAGAGGCGAUCACAUCGACGAUCUAGAUCUAGAUCUUCAUCUCGGGAACGAUCUCCUCGCCAUGACCGUCACACACAACAUGCCUAUAGUAAAGACCACAAGAGACAAAGUACACCAGAAAGAAAGAUGGAGCGGCGCCGUGAAAUGAGGGAAGAAAUAUGUGCUGAUGGUGUCCCAGGAAUCUGGGCCACCUCCCCAAGAAUCCCCACAGACUCAUCUGAAGAUGAGAUACAGAGUAAUCCCUCCAGGAAACACACAGAUGAUGAUACUGACAGUAGCAGUGGCAGUGAAACAGAAGAUGAAAGAAAACGGAGAAAACACAAACACUCAAGCAAAAAAAGCAAAAAGAAGAAAAGUGCCAGGAGUAGCAGAUCUAGUUCAAAGAAAAGCAAGAAACAAAAGAAAAGGAAAAAGAAACGUAAAUCCAGUGAAAGGGACCAGCAAUCUUCAGAUGAAGAUGUUGAGUGGCUAGAAAAGAGGGUGGAAAAGCAAACAGCUGCCACAGAGAGCAGAAAAAAGGAGCAAGAUGAUGAUGCUGUUGUCGGCCCCAUGCCCUUCAUGGCAGAUGGCGCCACAGCAGAAAUGAGAGAUUUUGGAGGAGCCUUGCUACCCGGUGAAGGAGAGGCCAUGGCAGAGUAUGUGAAGGCAGGCAAGCGUAUCCCCAGGCGUGGAGAGAUUGGAUUAACGAGUGAUGAGAUCGCUACAUUUGAAGACCAAGGAUAUGUAAUGAGUGGUAGCAGGCAUCGAAGAAUGGAAGCUGUGCGACUGAGAAAGGAGAACCAGAUAUACAGUGCAGACGAGAAACGGGCAUUAGCUAUGUUCAACUAUGAAGAGCGCUCGAAGAGAGAAAACAAAAUCUUGUCCGACUUUCGUGAACUUAUUCAUCAAAAGACGAAGAGUAAAAACUAACAAAGCCAGAACCCAAGAGUAUAGGCGAGAAAAUACGCCAGUUUGGGUUAUUUGUCAGCAUUCAACUUUGGCAAACAUGACAAGGGAUAAAGAGCAUAGCUUGCCCAACUAUCGUCAGAUAAGUGGUUGUGAUAAAAGACGCUUGCAGGGGAUUUGCUUGAAUAAGUCAAUAUGCGACUUUUAGGGUGAUAAACUUGUGCACGCUUCAGUUUUGGCGGGAAAAUAACAACAAAAAGCAACUUAUUCAGCGCUUAGGAAACAACCAGUAAGUUUCUAUCUCACAGAAAAAGGAUUUAUUUUAAUUGAAUGAUUUUUUCGAUGCUUUCUGACGUUCAUUUCGUGUAUUUCUUUUUUAGCAUGAGUUUACUGAACACAAAAAGUCACGUGAUUUCUUAGACGGGUAGAAAACGGCUAAAUUGGAAUUGUUAGCUAUAAGUGUCCCUUAGGUGAACUCAUCCAAAUUAUUUACAUAUACUCAUGUCCAGUUUUCUGACAAAAAAUAUUUAUAUGCCGUGCUCAUUAAAGGGUUAUUUCCCAAAAUAAAAUCUACAGUGGACUAACUCCGAUACAUGAAAAGGCUGCCCCGCAUAUAGGAAACAAUACGAAUAAAAAAUAGAGGUAGAAUUCAUACUCCCCGCUAACUCAAAUUUGUUUUCGUCUCCUCUUUUUCUUCGAGAAGGUGUUUUGCUGUAUAUACCAAUUUCAUUAAGGUUGCACCCGGAUAAUGUGUGUAUCGUAACCCGCAGUGAUUUAUGGGUAUCAAAUAAAUAAGCAAAUAAGCGUAAAUAAAAUACAAAAACAGGUUUCACAAGCUGAUAGAAUUCUAGUUUAUGUUGGUUAGUUUAUGAGCAUUAACACGGCUUUAAGAUACAAGGAUUCGGAUUCAUCCGUUUAUACCCUACCCAUGAAGCACCGCGGGUUACGGCUGAUUUCUCGAGAGCAACCUUAUUUGAAAUAGGUCCCGGCAAGUUAUAAAAAUACUGGAAAAAAGGGGAAUCUACAAAAGUUUCGGCUACCGAUAAUUCUCAGAUUCAUUAAGUAAGCCACAAUUACUGCAUAUAUUAUAUUUAUUUUAUUGCAAGUAGACUGUAAUAUCGAGUAAUAACAUUUGUAACAUACAUAUAUAGUGAUAAAACGUGAUCUUUGGGAUACCAACUGUUAAUAGCCAUUCGUAUCUAUGAAUAUUUUCGUAGUACGCUGCUAACCGUUUCACAGGCCCGUACCCAGGGGGGGUGCGGGGGGUGCUAUCUCACCUGCCCACAACGGCCGAAAGUCCACUUUUGGUUCUCAAUAGACGUGCUAUUUGUAGACAAAACUAUAAAGUAUAAGCUAGAUCACUCUGGUAUCUCGCCAAAUCCGACACGUGGAGAUACUGAAAAGGCAUAAAUUUUCGGAGGUGGUUAGAUUUUUAUUAGAAAACCCCCACCCCCCCCCCCCCCCGAAGAAAAAUCCUGGGUACGGGCCUGUUUCACAAAUAACAGUUUUACAACCACACACUUUCAAAAUGAUGACCAUGGAGGCGUCUCGAGGAAGUCGGGCUUCAAGGGUCGGGACUACCUAACUUUAAAGCAUUAACAACACAGAACGCCGAAUACCUGGGUUGCGUGCGCGCCCACUUUUGCCUUAUCUUGGAAUGAAAGUAAGGUACUAACUCUAAAUUCAUCGUUACGAAUAACAUAAUUUCAAUUAUUCCUUCUAUGAAAAAAAAAAUGGUGGCCGUGCGAUGUGUUUGGUGUUCUACGUUGUUCCUUUAGGCUCGCCGAGGAGUAUUUAGUGCAAUAGCUUCAUUGAAUGUAUUACAUGUCCCAAACUUUCUUCAAUAUCUUUUCCGUUUAUUCUUCUUUUUAAAUAAAUCGAUUGAUUUUUCCCAAAA